AUGUCAUUGACAUUGAGUCUGGUUGUGCCCAGUACAAGUUCACCACCAGUAGUCGUGGGCUCAACAGGCGCAGAAUUGGACUCAAAGCAGAUGCUGGCAAAACUUAUCUCUGAAAGAAUUCAGUCUCCAUCGUCAAGGGAAGAUAUUGAUAUCAAAAAGAAAGGGUCAAGCCAGGAUGGUGUUACAAGUUCUGGGUACCAUGGCAGCCGCAAUUCUUUUAGUUCCCCUAGCACGACUACCCAUGCGGCUGUAAUAAAAGAUAUUGAUCGCUACCAUGAAAAGAUCACGGUAUCUUUACAGACCUCUAUUCUUCCAUCCCACUUUUAUUCAGUUAAACUGGGAGUAAUCUGCUCUGAAGAUCUUCCAGCGCAUUACAGAAAAGGUAUCCUUGUUGCCAGCAGUACAGCAGAAACAUACAAUAAGGUUUUGCAGCAUACGCUGGGCUUUUCUAAUCCAUCCACUGUUGAGUUCUUGUUGGGAAAACUCAUAGUAAGCGAAGUUGAUCCACCGUCGCUGAUGCGAGGAUUGCAGAGGUAA